AUGGUCGUUGAAAGUGAUGAGAACUCGUUGAGUGAAUCGUCCAAAGUGGGUAUGAAAACUGGCGAUGGUCUUACUGAAAUUAAUACGAACACCACUGAAACACCAUCCAAAACUGCGGUAAAAAGCAACGAUAGUGAACAACCGGAAAUCAAAAAAGGUAAAUUGGAUUUAUCACGACGAGGAUACGGUAAACUUUCACUCCGCUACAAAGAUGUUUACAAUGAAGUGAAGUACUUGGAUAUAUCACACAAUAAUUUCAAGUUCAUCAAUGGUCUGAAUCUAUUCGCGAAUUGUGUUGAGAUUCGUGCGAAUCACAAUUGCUUGGAACGUUUAUCAAGUUUUCAGUCGUUGAAGAAUGUACUUCAGGUGCUCGAUGCUAGUAAUAAUAUGAUCAUAAACUGUGAGAACUUGGCAACUCUAUGGGCGCUCAUCACUCUGAACGCAUCGCAUAAUCGCAUUUCGCAGUUACCUCUGCUCGAUCGCUUAAGUCAUCUGAAACAUCUGGAUUUAUCAUCGAAUCGUUUCGAAGCACUACCGAGAUUAUGUCGAUUGAACUCGCUUGAGGUGUUGAAUCUGAACAACAAUCGAAUUGCGUCGUUGGACGACUGUUCACGACUUCUACCAGCCGAUAUCAAGUCACUUGAUAUUGGCAAUAAUGCAAUUGCUGAUCUCAGACAGGCAAAGAAUCUGUCGUGUUUACGAUCGCUUGACUCAUUGAUGUGGUCGGGUAAUCCUUGCGUUUCAUUCGAUUCGCGAACGUUCACCUAUCGACCGUAUUUGUAUAGUUGUUGUAUUGGCUCAUCGCUGAAUGUGGUCGAUGGUUUUGCACUGAAAGAACCCGAAAUUAUCAAAGGUGAAUUGCUAUGUACGAUGAACCAAACGAAACGAGCGCAAACCAAUGCUGAGUUGUGUGCGUUACUGGCGAAAGAAUGUCCGAUUGAAGUGGAUCUGAACGAUAUAUCUUCGUUAUCAUCAUUCGACGAUCGAUUACUGAGGGUGCUCGAGAAGCGGCGUGAAUAUAUGUCAGCAACAACUGACGGUGAUGAUGAAUUUUCUCGAAGUUCCAUCUUGGAUCGCUGUGCAUCGAAGUUGAACCAGUCUCAAUCUCGAGUGCAAUCUCAACCGCGACCACCUCAAGCCAGAUCAAGAUCAUCGUCGUACACCCGCAUUGAAAAUGAAUCCAACACUUCGGUGGAAGUUAACCAUCCAAGCGAUAAGAACAAUAACAGAAAUGUGCUCCAUUUGGAUUCGUCUUCGAUUAGCGAUCAGUUAAUCUCCACAGAAAACUCACAGUUGUUACAUACUCCGAAAUCGAGAUCCGAAAGUCCACCAGUAUCCGCAUCUUCGAUGACUUCAUCGUCGACGUUCGUCUUAUUUCAUCAAGAAUCCUGCUCAGAAUCCAUUUCAGUUGCACAGUACGUUUACUUUCCGAAAACGCGAUCACCGCGCGGCAUUCCGAUGGCGAGGUACUCAACAGUUAAAUCGGUAACGCAACCGACACGAGGUCGACUCUGUUCACGCAUUUCUUCACGGAAUCCAAAGUAUUCAAUGCACCGUUACACGUCUAACGAUUCAGAAAAUUCGGCAACAUUAAGGCCAAAAGGAAAGCUCACCACAUCGCAAAGGAAAUCAGUCACCGGGAUUAAGCCAAAAGCUGGCAAAACAACACCUCGUAAUAGUGUAUCGUCGAGAGUGCGGUUGAGCACAUAUACGACAACUCCGAAAUCCACUUCAGCCACUCGAACUCGUACAACUGUCAAACCAAGCGUUGUGGUCCACUCGAAAAAUACUUAUUCUAAAGCUCAACUUCAUGCUGUCGUCAUUAUACAAUUGAAGGCAUGGUGGCGAGCCGUAAGAACGCGUCGAGCAUGGCGAGUACGGUUGAUGGAGAUGAGAUUGAGACGAUACGCGAAAGAGAAACAACAAAUCAGUGGACGUUUGGCGGCGAUUAGCGCCGAGUGUGAACAGUUGUCGCGAAUUGUCGAGCAACAAUCGCAGUGGAUGCAAGAUAUCAACAACUUUGUUCUGUUGUCUCAAGAGAAAAUGGAAUCGCGUUUGGCCGAGCAUGAGGAAUGUCUGCGCAGAUGUUUACCGGUACCAGCACAGGUGGAAUUCAUCCGAAACUCACCAACUGAAAUCACUUUACAGUGGCAAGACAUCAUAAUGCCAGACAAGAGGUACGUACUGUACGUGGACGGACAAGAUUGUGGCACAAUUCGUGCACAAAUGAAAAAGGCCAAAAUUCAGGAUUUGAAUCCCGCAAAAGAAUCUGUUGUUGAAAUUCAAUGUGUACACGGAAAUAACAAGGGUAGCAAAUCGAUGCCGCUCAUCAUACCACCAAUGUGCGAACAAAUAUGCACUCAGACUGAUCGUGACGUUGUUGACGAAUCAGGGGAUCGUGAGGGAGGUCUGCCGGAGCAAGCAGGAUUCAGCAACAGUGUUGGAGAUUCAGCAUCAUUUCAUGAAUCCGCCGUCAAAGACAAACAGUCUCAGGAAAAACAGCAAGAAGAAGAAACAGACCAUGAAAGAACACCAUCUGAAGAAGGAUAA